GCAGACAGAUCCUCCGUGUAUUUGAGAGGACAAGUCUCAGACUAGUAAGCCACAGACAUGAGCUCUGCAACAACUGCGUCCUUGCUCUGAAAUAUUGACCUCGUCUGACUUUUUUUUUUUCAUUCUAUAAUGAAAGACUGAUGAUGAGUCAGAAGUUCAUCAGCUCUUUUUGCCCCAGAAGCUUCUCUCAUCUUGACCAUUGGUAUAAGGAUAAAAGGUGAAAGUUGGAUUUUGUAACAUUCGCUAAUCCGUACCAUUGACGGAGGGAUGUACAGUUGGACAAGUUUGAACUCAAACCCCAGAAAACGGACAGUUGAGAGGAUGCAUGUAGUGUGGGUAUUUAUCCUGUUCAUUGAGGAGGGAUUUGCUCUGGCACAAAAGACUAAAGAUGGAGGUGCAGGAUCAAAAGGGCUUAGACCCUCUCAGCGGCCGCAGCAAUCUCAUCACUGUGGAAACUGGGUACGGAACACAGAUGGUGGCUCCUUCAGCUCCCCAAACUACCCAAAAACAUACCCUCCCAACAAGGAGUGCCUGUACGUACUGGAAGCCUUGCCCCGCCAGAGGAUAGAGCUGCUGUUUGAUCAGACCUUCUACAUCGAAGCGUCAUUUGAGUGUCGUUUCGACCACAUCGAGGUGAGGGACGGUCCCUUUAGCUUUUCGCCGCUCAUCAAUCGCUUCUGUGGCUCGGCCAGUCCCGGACUUGUUCACUCUAGCGGCCGCUUCAUGUGGAUCCGCUUCUUCAGCGAUGAAGAGCUGGAGGGGAUUGGCUUCCAGGUCCAGUACAGCUUUACUGCAGAUCCUGAAUUUCAUCUGCAUGUGGGAGGACUCCUAAACCCCAUCCCAGAUUGUCAGUUUGAGCUGUCUGGGGCUGACGGCCUGAUCCGUUCCAGUCAGGUGGAGGAGGAAUAUAAAGUGAGGCCAGACCAGGCAUUGGACUGCAUCUGGACUAUACAAGCCCCAACAAACAACAGGAUUUACCUGCGAUUCUUGGAAUACCAGAUGGAAAACUCAAAUGAUUGUAAGAAGAACUUUGUGGCUGUUUAUGAUGGCAGUAAUGCCAUUGAGGACCUAAAGGCCAAGUUUUGUAGCACAGUAGCUAAUGACGUCAUGCUGGACACCGGUGUGGGAGUAGUGAGAAUGUGGGCUGAUGAGACAAGCCGUCUCAGCCGCUUCCGGAUGCUGUUCACUUCUUUUGCAGACCCACCCUGUUCAAGCAGUGCAUUCUUUUGCCACAGUAACAUGUGCAUCAACACCUCUCUUGUGUGCAAUGGCAUACAAAACUGUGUAUUUCCCUGGGAUGAAGGCAACUGCAAAGAGAAAAAGAGCAAAAGUUAUUUUCACCAUAUCACAAAGACUCAUGGGACAAUAAUCUGUGUGUCUACGGGUGUGGUGUUACUGCUCCUCAUCAUCUCCAUCCUGGUGCAAGUCAAACAGCCACGAAAGAAGGUGUUGGUACGUAAGAAUAACCUGUUCCAACGGGGCGACUUCCAGGAGGUGUUUGACCCUCCACAUUAUGAACUCUUUACUCUCAGAGACAAGGAGAUGUCUGGGGACCUCGGGGAGUUAUCAGAGGAACUCCAGUCCCUGCAGGCGUUCAGGAGAUCCUCAUCAAGCUCACGCUGCAUUCACGAACAUCACUGUGGCUCUCAGGCUUCUGUCAACUCUAUUAAAGCCAGUCAAGUUGAACAUGGCAUGGGUAGGGGAUCCAUGGAGCUUCCCCCUUUCAGAGGGAACUUCCAAAGCGUCUUACCUCCCAUCAGGGACUUGAACAGCAGUAUGCGGAAGAAGAGCUGGCCUAGUAUGAAACCAGGCCGGAUGCAAGGUCAUCAUGGUAUGGGGGAUAGAGCGUUGGGGAGGCAGGAUAGAGUGAUGGAAGAGGAUGAAGAGGAGGACGAAGAUGGAAGGUAUGAUGUGUAUGUACGCAGAGCAGGAAGCCGAAGAGGGAACUAUGAAAUGGCCCAGCAAAGAUCCUUGUCCAUGGACUUCUGAAAAGAAAAGACAAGGUUGGCACUGUAACUACUUUGGGGGCAGAACUCUGCACAUUUAUAGAAGAGGGGAGACAUUUUAACACCACAGGGCGGAUGUGUCUCACUUACCUUCUUUAUAUUAAUAAUGAUUAAAAAGAAGCAAUCCAGGACUUCUUUUCCUUCACUUGCCUCAUUUACAGUGAGGUUGGGAAACACAGGGUCUGUUACAGAGCGCUGCCGACUCUGCCCAGACACUGACAGCUGACAGGGAGCUGCUAUUGUAUUUGUGAUCAGUGUAAAGUGAAGACAGAUGAUAAUGCUGUGUAUUGUUCUUGUUGUAUUUUUCUAAAUACAUUUUACUAUGAAGGUAAUAGAUUUUGUUGAAAUAUGUUUUCAAUCAGUGUUUAGGUUCUGAAAGAAUGUUUUAAGAGGAAGUGUGAUUACGGUACAUUUAAAGCAAACAAUGUAAAAGUCAACUCUCAGUUCUGUGAUUACCUGUAUUUAAGAAUAAAUAUGUACAUUUCUGCACCACUGGUUAAGGAAAAGUAUCAACUUGCCUUUGAUAUAGAGUCAGUUAUAACAACAGAUAUAAAAUGACCAUCAACAGUCAGGCUGUCACAGUGUUCCUUCCCAGGAGAAAGGUGUGUGUGAAUGUGUGUGUGCGUGCAUGCGUGUGUGUGUGUGUGUGUGUGUGUGUGUGUGUGUGUUUUCAGAAAUCUUCUAGAGGGUGAGCUACAGGUGUGCCCUUAUAAAGUUAUAUAACCACAAAAAGCCCCAAACUGUUUGCCAUUUACAGCCUAUCCUUAAACCUUAUGUUUCAUUUUCUUUUUUGGCUGUAGACACUGAUUAUAAUCGAUGUGUGUCAACUUGUCUAGAGAAAAACUACACACCAUCUUACGAUGAGAACAGAACAGCCGCAACAACAAAUCGGGCCAGGGGCGUAGAGUGGAGUGGCAAUGGACCCUUUCCUACUCCCCCUACUUCCACACCCACAUUCAAACACUGCCUUCAUUUUGAUCUCAACUACACACCUGUAAAGUUUUGUGACUGCAUCUUGCAAGGUUGUAACGCCAUCACAGUGACAGAAUCUAUCCACAGACAGACAGUCAGACCGUCAGUAAUAGAAACACCUGGCACCUAUACACAAAAUCGUCUCUGUGGUUGUUCCCGCUACAGUAAAAAUCUCAGGACCACAUUUUGACAUGAUGACACACACCCAAGGUCUUGCGGCUCUUAAAAAAAAAAGGGUGUGAGUGCUAGGAACUGCUUAGAGAUCAGUCUCUGGUACGUUUUUACUCAUAAUAUAGGACCACAAAUGAGCAUGUGCACACUGUAGACCUUCAACAGAUGGCUGUAGACUGCUUUGUAAAUGUUGUAUCCCAAUGAUGAUGAGAAUCAGAUAAUGUGAAAAUGAUUUAUACACUGUAAUCAGAAUACACAAUUGCUUUAU